AUGGCACUCAUGCGAAGAAACACCAUCCGGAUCAACUUUGUCCAAGUUCCCACUCUGCUUAAAGAAUUGGUUGCAAAGAUGCCAGAUACUACCUCCUUCAUCAGAAGGCAUGGGCACCUCCUUGGUUUGGUCACUUCCAAAUUGGACGAGCAGAUGAUGAGUGUCCUAGUCCAGUUCUUUGAUCCACUGUACCAUUGCUUUACUUUUCCGGACUACCAGUUGGUCCCUACCUUGGAAGAGUUCUCUGAUCUGCUCGGUAUCUCUAUUCUGGAGAAGACCCUGUUCACAGGUUGGGAAAAGAUCCUUAGGCCAGAAGAGAUUGCUUCAGCCCUCCAUAUGACAAAGGCUGAAGUGAUGUCUAAUUGGGAGACUAGAAGUGGAGCAAAGGGUUUCUUGACUAAAUUCUUGGUUGGUAAAGCUAAUCAGUUCUGGGAAAGUCUAGACUUUCAGGCGUUCGAAGAUAUUCUGGCUCUUCUCAUAUAUGGUUUGGUAUUGUUUCCUAACUCUGAUGCUUUCAUUGACGUGAAUGCGGUAAAGAUUUUUAUGUCUGGUAACCCUGUACCCACUAUCUUGGGUGACAUUCUUCAUCAGCUUUAUGCCCGUACUGCUCGGAAGCGAGGAACCUUGAUGUGCUGUGCUCCAUUGUUGGCGAGGUGGUUUAUUUCUCACCUCCCCAAAUCAGUUCAGAAGAACAAAGAAGGCAUGGGUUGGGCUUAUAGGGUUAUGUCUCUCUCUCACAAUGACAUCAUUUGGACCAUUAAGGGUAUGGACGAGGUGGCUAUUAUUGAUCGCUGUGGGGAAUACCCCAAUGUUCCACUGAUAGGAACCAAUGAAGUAAUCACUUAUAAUCCAUGCUUGGCCUUGCGUCAGUUUGGGCGAGCUAGGAGGGAAGGACCUCAUGAGUUAUUGAUGCCUAGUAUUGUGUUUGAUUUCCAAGGGGAUAGUGACGAGCAACGCCGCAGAUUCAUAAGAGCUUGGGAUAGAGUUCACAGAUCUGAUCCACAUGAGCUGGGUGCGAAGACUUCUCUACCAAUGGAGCCAUAUCUCUGA